AUGAAAUUUGAUAUCUUAUUAGUCAUUCUAAUACUGACAGUUUCUACAUAUGGCUAAGAAGAUGAAGAUUUGAUUAUUGAUUCUAAUAGGGAAUAUGAUGAAACUGCUGCUACAAGAUAUUGGUAUUUUUGUGCUGCUAGUUACUGUCAUCCUAAUGUUAUAAUAGAUUGGUCAUGUACUACUCCAUGUAGUAAAACACCUUAUAUGGAGGAUGUUUAAAUAUUUGUUAAUUCUACUAAUGAAAAUGCAGGAUUUUCAGGUUAUGAUCCUAAACAUAAUGAAAUAAUUAUAGUUUUCAGAGGAACUCUCCCUUGGUCAAUUAAAAAUUGGUUUGAAGAUCUUAAUUAUAUUAAAACUUCUUAUCCAUAUUGCACUAAUAAUUGUUAAGUUCAUAGGUUAAUAUAUGUAAAUAAUUAAUUAGAGGAUUCUAUUAUUCAUAUAUGGGUAUUCAUGAUUAAGUAAUAAAUGCAGCAAAAAGAUUAACAACUAAAUAUCCUAAUGCUAAAUUAGUAGUCACUGGACAUAGUUUAGGAGGAGCUCUGGCAACUCAUGCUUUAGUCACUCUUACAGUUAAUGGAUUUAAAAUUGAUCAUUAUUAUUCUUAUGGAUCACCAAGAGUAGGAGAUACUGCUUUUUUCAAUUUUGUUAAAUCAAUUUAUCCUGCUGCCAAAUUUAGAGUAACACAUGAUCAUGAUCCUGUUCCUCAUUUACCUAUGGAAGUUCAAGGAUUUCAUCAUAUUAAUACAGAAGCUUAUUAUAAAGAUUUUCUCAUCUUUCAUAAAGAGUAUUAUUUAUAAAACUAAUUAUAGUGUUAAAAUCUGUAAUGAUGAAUUCAAAGAAGAUUCAAAAUGUUCAAAUUAAAAUCUAGUUGAUUUAAGUGUAGAUGAUCAUUGCAAUUAUUUAGGAUAUAAUCUAGCUAUUGGAGUGCUUAUUUGUUAAUGAUUUUACAUCACAAAAAUAUUAUAAUAUAUAU